AUGUGUGCUGCCGUGGAGAAAAGUGUUAUUUAUCGAAGGAAUGAUCCAGGGACAACUAGAGAAGAAUGGUGUAAUUGGCCAGAUAUGUCAUUCGAAGAGAUGGAUAAUACACUGAAUGUGCAACAGUACAUACAGCAAUGUAUUCAUAAAGAUCCCUCAGAUGUGGAUACCAUUCUAAAAGCUCCACCAGGCCAGGAAGAGGGAGUAUGGAAAUAUGAACAUGUGAGACAGUUUUGCAUGCAGCUCAAUGGCUUAACAUUACUCCUGCAGGAUGAGUGUAAACCUGAUGUUUGCGUGCAGAUGACUGCCACAGAACAAUGGAUAUUUCUUUGUGCGGCUCACAAGAAUCCAAAAGAGUGUUCGGCAAUUGAUUAUACGCGACAUACUUUAGACGGUGCAGCGGCAUUAUUGAAUAGUAACAAAUACUUUCCCAGUCGCGUUUCAAUUAAAGAGUCAUCGAUUGCAAAAAUUGGUUCAGUAUGCCGACGAAUUUAUCGGAUUUUCUCACAUGCUUACUUUCAUCAUCCUGAACUCUUCGAAAAAUUUGAAACAGAAACGCAUCUUUGCCGUCGAUUUACGGUAUUCGUGAGAAAAUAUAACUUAAUGGCAAAUGAGCAUUUGAUUGUACCAAUAUUGGAACAAAAACCAAAUCAUCCGUAA